AGUGACCUCUCUCUCUCUCUCUCUCUCUAAUAUUGAGAACCCCAGUUACUGGACAAUCCCAAAUCUUUCUCUCUUUCUUUCUGUUCGUGCAAAGCUUACAAUGGCUACCACGAACGAAUACAAACUCAGCCAUGAACAAGAGCUUAAAAUCCCAGUCUUCACUGUCUUCAAGAACGGAGCCAUUCUCAAGAACAUCUUCAUCGUCAACAAUAACAAUCCCCAAAUCCCGACUCAAGAACACGAAGAAAUAUUAAUCGUCGGACGACACCCCGAUUGCAACAUCAUGUUGACUCACCCCAGUAUCAGCAGAUUCCACCUCCAAAUUCUUUCCAACCCAUCUUUACAGAAGCUCUCUGUAAUCGAUUUAUCGUCCGUGCAUGGGACUUGGGUUUCGGAGAAGAAGAUUGAUCCAUGUGUUCGAGUUGAGCUGAAGGAGGGAGACUCGUUAAGGAUUGGCGGUUCGAGCCGAGUCUAUAGGCUGUAUUGGAUUCCUUUCAACCAAGCUUAUGAUUUAGAAACCCCGUAUGAAUCCGUAUCCGAUGUUCCAAUUCCAGGAGAAGAAAUCGAAAUGGAAGUAUACCGGCAUGAGAACUCUAUGAUGAUCGAGAAUAAGCCUAUUGAAGAAGAAAAUAACUCGAUGACAGUGGAACCCAAAGCACAUGAAGGAAAAUGUGAGGGCAACGAUCAUUUAUUAGUAGUAAAUCAAGACAUCCAGUCCCUGGAUUUGGUUGUUGAGGGUAUGAGUUCAUUAUUUUCUGAUGAGAGUUUGGUUUUAAGUGUAAAAAAGGAGAUUCCAUCAGCACCUCCUAUACCUGAAAAUCCAGUUUUUUCACUUCUGGAUGAAAAUGAUGAACUUGCUGAAAGCCCACCAAAAGAUGUCACUGAACAUAAUGAAAUCCCGAGCCUUUGUAAUAAUCAUUUUGGAACCGACUCAGAAAAAUCAUAUUUUCCUCUUGAGGGAAAUAGUUUGGACACUUUGGGUUCAGAUUGUCAUGAAUAUAAGGGCAAUUCAUCUUCUGUUAAUGAUGUUGUAUUUGAAAUAGUAAUGCAGCAAGGGAGGUCUCCUAGAGGAUCAGAGGAAGAACUUAAUCAUUUUGUAGACCGUAAUUCUUCAUUCUCUAUUGAUAAGGAAGAGAAGGUUGAACUUGCCGCUCAACCAUUUGAGGAAACUGAAAUUCAACAAACUGACAUAGAAAGCCUUACCCCAGAAGCUCUUUCUGAUGUGGAAUCACUAUUUCUUCAAGGAAAGCAAGAAAAUUCCACGGGGGAACGAAAAUCAAAUUCAUUGGUUGACUUUAUUUCUGCAUGCUCUGAUGGCAUUCCUCCAGCUUCUGAAAGAAUUGAAGAAACUGAGGACCAAAGGCUUUCCAUGAAAGGUAAUGAACAGAAGGAUGUCUCAGUAGAUUAUUGUGAACCUUGUAUGGCAGAAUCUGUAAACUCGUCUCUGCCAGCUUGGGAAGAUGUCCAGGAAAUUGCAGUUGACAAAGAAAAGCAGACCUCAAAGUCUCUCUUUGAGGAAACUGCAAACCAAAGGCUGGUCAGGAAAGACUAUGAGCAGAAAACUAAUCCAUCUUUGUUGCUUGGAUCAGUCUUUGGUGAUACUGAAACUCAACAAACUGACGUAGAAAGCCUGACCCCAGAAGCUCUUUCUGAUGUGGGAUCACCAUCUCUUCAAGGAGAGCAUGAAAAUUACGCUGGAGAACGAAAAUCACACUCAUUGGUUGACUCUAUUCCUGCAUGCUCUGAUGGCAUUCCUUCAGCAUCGGAAAGAAUUGAAGAAACUGAAGACCAAAGGCUACCCAUGAAUGAUAAUGAACAGAAUGAUGUCUCAGUGGAUUAUUGCGAACCCUGUAUGGCAGAAUCUGUACAUAUGUCUCUGCCUGCUUGGGAAGUUGUCCAGGAAAUUGCAGAUGAGAAAGAAAACCAGACCCCACAGUCUAUCUUUGCUGCAGGAGGGCUACCUCAAUCAGAAAUAAUAAGGAAUGUCUCAGUGGAUUAUUGUAAACCCUGUAUGGCAGAAUCUGUACAUAUGUCUCUGCCUGCUUGGGAAGUUGUCCAGGAAAUUGCAGAUGACAAAGAAAACCAGACCCCACAGUCUAUCUUUGCUGCAGGAGGGCUACCUCAAUCAGAAAUAACAAGGAAUUCUUCAAUAGGAUCAGAUAUGAGUACAAGCUUUGGAAGCAUUUGGUCAAGGAGGGGUAAGGCUGCUAGUGUUGUUCCCCUUCGAACGGGUAGGAGCAGAUUAGAAGCCGUGCAAGGUGGGUCUGAUUCUAAAGCUGCACAGCAUAAUCAAAAGAGUACUGAAGAUAAAUCUAUUCCAAAGGAAAUGUCCACUUGUUUGAAUAGGGAGGAAGAACUCUUUACUCCAGAUAAGGAAAAUUUCAUCCCAACUACCCUUUUACAACAGAAGUCCUCAAAAAAGAAAGGUACACCUGUCGGUGUUAUCCAGCUUGGAACAACUAAGAGCAGAAUAGAAACUAAGUGGGGUGGUGUUCACUCUGCGGAUAAAUAUCAUAGUCAGUACAGCGCAGUACAUAAAUCAAUUUCAAAGGAACUUUUCUCUUGCUUUGAUGGGGAAGAAGAAGAGAUUUAUACUUCGGACAAGGAAAAUUUUACCCCGAAUACCCUUCUACUCAAGUCUAUAAAAAAGAAGGGCAAGCUAGAAGAAGUGAAGCAUUCUACACCAUGCAGAAGAUCCUCCUCAAAGAUUCCUUCUAGCCCCAAAAUGCAUCCAGAAGAAAACUUAAAUGUCCUUUCAAAUGAGGAGAAUGAGACAUUGAGAGUUUUACAAGAACGGAAAUUUGUAAAACAAACUACCUCUGAAAAUCAGGUGGAGGUUGAAGAAGAAUUGGUCAUUAACAAAAGAAGACUGGGAAUGAAACGAGUUCCAUUUCAAUCACUAGCUGUAGACUCUGUAGAGAACAGCAGAUCAGAAAUGUUAUGCCCUAGUUCUGCUACAAGAAGCAGCUCUUCAGUAAAUUACACUCAUACUGUGGAGAAGGUUACUGGUCCAUUCUCUAACAACUCUGACUGGGAGGGUAAGAGGGGAUGGACCAUAGUUGUGGACACAACUACUCUUCUGAACAAGGAUUCCAGAAAGGCACUGCAGCUAUUACAAGGUCUUAAGGGGACUCGUUUAAUCAUUCCAAGAAUGGUUACAAGGGAACUGGAUUGCUUGAAGCGGCAACGCAGUCUAUUCGGGAGAAAGCCUGAGGCUUGUCUGGUGUUAGAAUGGAUUGAGAAGUGUAUGACAGAAACAACAUGGUGGAUUCAUGUCCAGAGCUCAGUGGAAGAUGGAAGGCUAAUUGCUCCUACUCCUCCUGCCACUCCUAGGUCUCCAUUUAGCCAGGAAAGUGGGGGCUUUUACAGUGGAACAACGACUUCGCUGCCAUUCUUAAGCAGUGGGGCUUUAAUGGAAAUUCUUUCCCCAACAACAGAAGACCAUAUCCUUGAGUGUGCUCUUCAGAGUAGGAAACUGAGGGCUGAUGAACAGCAUGUCCUCCUUAGCGACGAUCUUACGUUAAAGAUCCAAGCAAUGGCCGAGGGUUUGAUCUGCGAGACGGUUCAAGAGUUCCGAGAAAGCCUGAUAAAUCCAUUUUCUGAGAGGUUUUUGUGGGCUGACAGUUCUCCCAGAGGGCAAACUUGGUCUGUCUUAGAUGAUGUUGUUUUGAGGGAGAAGUGCAAUCGUUAUCCCUCAAAGAAGUCUUCAAAGGGAGAAAGUGCCAAGGGUUUGAAGCUCAUUCUGCUCCACAAUUCUCAUUAUGGACAGAGAUCUCUAAUUAGCUAAGCUAAAUCAAUUCAAUAUGUUGCUGACACAGGCAGGAAAUGAUUGUUUGUUUUUUUAACCAUUUGGUUGAAUUGAAUUGUUUGGGAGUUGAGUUUCUUUUGCCAUUGUUACAUGUGAAUUGCCAGUGACUACACUGUGACUGUGAAUGCAUUUUCACGAUCUUUUUAUUCGAAUCAGAACAUAUCUGAAUAGGAAUAAAAGUGAACAAGGCAGAUUUGGAGUUUCA